AUGUCGCUAUACCCAACAGCAGCACCGCGCUUUCGGCGCAACAAGCUGACCGCCUUCUGGUUCAAAUCUCGGCGAUCAUUCGCGCAGACUAGUCCUCCAGGAAGGUGGUGCUGCAACUUCAAAGGUGAGCUGCCCGGCGUGACUCCAAACCUUCGCAGGUCGUCGUGCCAGUAUAGGAUGAGAUACAGUAUAUAGAGUCAAGCACGGACGCAACAAAGCGCUGGCGACAACGUACAAAUAGCCUGGUGCUUCAAACACACCUUGCCUGAUGCUGCACCGGGAAGUCUCAUGUGACCCAGCCAAAGAGAACCGAGCCUGACCGGGCGUGCACAAAGCAUGCACGAGGCAGAGGCUAUUUCCCUCCUCGCCUGGUGGCUUACACGCGCUGACGCUGCGGCAUUUUCUCUCUCACUCGGACUGUUUAUCAGCUUUGAAGCACCUUGUCCGCAGGCUUGGUCGUUCUCAGGCGCAGUGAUCUACCACCGCCCUGUGCUGCGCUCAGGGCCCACGCGCGAUGAAGGAGCUCGUGUGAGUCAGCGGCCCACACGCGAACAGCGUCAGCCGCUGCGAUGCUGACCCUGCACUUCUGCUUUGCAGCGUUCAAGAUGCGCCCAAGCGCAUCAAGCACAUCCAAUUUGGUGUGCUCUCGGCGCAAGAAAUCGUCAACGUCUCCGAGCUAGAGCUUUUAACGAAAGAUCUUUAUACGGUGACGGACAACCCUAUCGCGUCUGCAACAGGCUUGCCAGAGAGAACCCCUGCUGAAAAUGGACCUCUAGAUCGGCGCAUGGUGAGAGGAGGAAGAUCAGCUGCGUUGCUGUGCGGCUUGGCCUUCCUGGUUGAGAGGGAUGGCUAACCCGUCUCGUUUUGGUUCCGUCAUCUUCCACAGGGUGUAUCCGACAAAAACUCAUUGUGUCAGACGUGUGGUUUGAAGAACGCGGACUGUGUGGGUCAUUAUGGUUACAUUCGGCUCGUGCUGCCAGUCUUCCACGUCGGCUUUUUCAAGCACGUUCUAGCCAUCUUGCAGUGUAUAUGCAAGGUGAGUUGCUCUCGCUUCUCACCUCUGAUAGGAAGUGGACUUACACAUAUCUGUUGGCUAGAACUGUGCAACGGUGCUCGUGAAUGAGCAGAUGAGGCGAAGGUUCCUGAGAGCCUUUCGGCGCCCCGGGCUGGAGAAUUUGCAGCGUACGACUACCUUCAAGGCGGUGAACAGCGCAGCGCGAAAGGUGCUGUACUGCCCAAGAUGCGGAAGUACAAAUGGCGUUGUCAAGAAGAGCGGUACCUUAAAGAUCACACACGAAAAGUACCGCCAGAAGAAGACUGAAUCGGAGCGACAAGCUUUCGAGAAGACCUUUGCUAGCAACGUCGAGAUGAGCGGCACUGGCCCUGGAGACGUUCGACCGCAUUUAAAAAGGGCUGCAGAGGACCUGAAUCCUCUCCGGGUGCUAGAGCUGUUUAAAAGGAUUUCGAGCGAGGUAAGUCACGCUCGCAGGUGGCGAGGGACAAUCACCUCACUGAUGUUCCUCAUGUUGGCAGGACUGCGAACUUCUGGGCCUUCGACCGGAGUAUGGUCGUCCUGAAGAAUACAUCUGGCAGUACAUCUGUGUACCGCCUGUUUGCAUUCGUCCCAGUGUAGCGCAAGAAGGCGCGACCAACGAAGACGACCUUACUGGCAAGCUUGGAGACAUAAUUUUUGUCAACCAAGUCCUUAAGCUUGGACUUCAACCUGGCGGCAAAGGCACCACGACUCAGAAUCUAAUUGAGCAGUGGGAUACUUUGCAGACCUGCAUAGCUGUCUACAUCAAUUCAGAGACGCCGGGAAUUGCAGCGGCUGCGAACGCAAAGCCUAUCAGAGGGUUCUGCCAACGACUCAAAGGCAAGACUGGACGCUUCCGUGGUAACUUGUCUGGGAAGCGUGUCGACUUCUCUGGGCGUACCGUCAUCAGUCCAGACCCGAACCUGAAGAUCAACGAGGUGGCAGUUCCUGAUCGGGUGGCCAGAAUUCUGACAUUCCCGGAAAAAGUAUUCGCCGGCAACAUCGAUGAGCUCAAAGAGGCUAUCCUCCGCGGCUCAGAAACGCAUCCGGGCGCCAACUUUGUCAUUGAUGUCAAAAGUGGCUUCAAGCGCAUGCUGAGGUCUGAGGGUGCGCGAAGAGCAUGUGUCGCUUCGCUGAAGAUUGGCGACAUUGUCGAACGGCACAUCAAGGAUGGCGACAUCGUUCUGUUCAACCGGCAACCUUCGCUUCAUAAGCUCUCAAUCAUGUCGCACAGGGUCAAGGUCCGUCCUUGGCGCACCUUUAGGCUCAACGAAUGUGCUUGCAAUCCUUACAAUGCCGACUUCGACGGUGACGAGAUGAACAUGCACGUUCCGCAAACGCAGGAAGCCCGGACAGAGGCGACGGAGUUGAUGGGCGUGCAGCACAAUCUCGUAACUCCCCGCAACGGAGAGCCGAUCAUCGCCGCCAUUCAGGAUUUCAUCACGGCCUCAUUCCUCAUUUCGCGGCGAGACCGGUUCUUUGACAGGAAGCAAUUCUCGCAGAUAUGCUCCUACUUCGCAGACGCUGAUCUGCACAUUGAUCUGCCUCCUCCAGCGAUCAUCAAGCCGCACUGCCUGUGGACCGGUAAACAAGUCUUCGGCUGCCUCAUUCGGCCGAAUAAGAGCUCGCCACAUCUGGUCAACCUUGAGGCGCAAUGUCGGACUUUCGAGAAGCCGAAAGAUGGACACAUCAGAGAUAUGUCGCCAAACGACGGCUGGCUCGUCAUCAUCAACUCGGAGGUCAUGUGCGGUGUGAUGGACAAGAGCACCGUCGGCGAUGGCAAGAAGAACAGCGUCUUUGGUGUCCUUCUGCGAGACUACGGCACCGAAGCUGCGAUCAGCGCCAUGAAUCGACUCGCCAAGACUUGCGCUCGUUGGCUUGCCCAACAAGGAUUCUCUCUUGGCAUCAACGAUGUUAUGCCCGGCGAGCAGCUGCGCAAUACGAAAGAUUCGAAAGUAGAAGCUGCUUACGCCGAGUGUCUCUCGCUCAUCCAGAAGGCCAAAGUGGGCAAGCUCGACAAUCUUCCGGGAUGUGACCAGGAGCAGACACUAGAGAACAUGAUCUCCGGUGUCCUCAGUGGUGUGCGUAGCGAUGUAGGUGAAAUCUGCAUGACAGAACUGAGUCGCCACAAUGCACCACUCAUCAUGGCUGUUUGUGGCUCGAAAGGUAAGUGCGGCAGAUAUGGUACGCUCCAUGGGGCUGAAGCUAACCCCCUCUUCUCAUCGAUGCUACAGGGUCCAAGAUCAACGUCGCCCAGAUGGUCGCAUGUGUGGGACAACAAAUUAUCAGCGGCUCGCGUGUUCCGAAUGGCUUCCAGGACCGUUCGCUGCCGCACUUCGCCAAGAAAUCGAAAGAUCCGCCAAGCAAGGGUUUCGUCCGUAACAGCUUCUUCUCUGGUCUCACACCGACCGAGUUUCUGUUUCACGCUAUUUCCGGUCGUGAAGGUUUGGUCGACACUGCCGUUAAGACAGCAGAAACCGGAUACAUGGCGCGACGUCUCAUGAAGGUGAGUGGUGUACGCACAACAUCAAUGUUAGUAUUUUAUUGAAGCUUUUGAAAUCCCACCUCAAUCAGGCCUUGGAAGAUCUCUCAACACAUUACGACUUGUCUGUACGCAACUCGGUAGGCGGCAUUGUCCAAUUCGAGUAUGGAGACGAUGGACUCGAUCCGGCAGAGUUGGAAGGCAAGAAGCUGCCAGUCGAGUAUCUGCGCACUUGGCGACACAUCAAGGCCAUCACUUUGGACCCAGCAGCCCCGGGACUGCUACCGUACGAGAUCACUGAGAUGGUCGAAAACGAUUUGAGUUCGAAGAGGUAUGCUAAAACGACGAAGCUGUAUCAAGACGAAGUUGCGACCUUCAUGCAGGGCAUUGCAGAGAAAGCAGCUGCCAUUCGAGGAGCGCACGGCUUGUACCCUGCUCUGAUCAGAGAACCAGAGUACGAGGAUGCCGACCUCACAAUGGGUGCCAGCGUAUAUGCGAUCGCGGCGGUGGACAAUCAGACGAAAGUGACCAAAACGGCUUUGGAAGCGUUCAUGGACUUGUGCUUGUCCAAAUACGCAAAGGCCAAGAUUGAGCCCGGUGAGCAAUCAAUAGCUUGCCUGACGGCACAUGCGGGUAGACUGACAGUUUCUUUUCUCUUGCAAAGGCUCUGCGGUCGGUGCGGUCGGUGCACAGUCGAUCGGUGAACCUGGUACUCAAAUGACCCUCAAGACGUUCCACUUUGCCGGUGUCGCCUCCAUGAACGUCACUCUGGGUGUACCACGUAUCAAGGAAAUCAUAAAUGCUGCCAAGAUCAUCAACACUCCGAUUAUCACUGCGGCUUUGGUGAACAACCAGUCUGAAACCUCCGCACGCAUUGUCAAGGGUCGCAUUGAGAAGACUUACCUGGGUGAUGUGAGUGGGGGCCCAAGCUUGCGCAGCAGUAUGCGUCCCACUUACCGCGUGCUCACGACGACGUUGUUCUACAGGUGGCGUCGGUCAUCGAAGAGGCUUGGGCUCGCGACUACAUUUAUCUCGGUGUACACAUCGAUAUGGACGCGAUCAGACGCUUGCAGUUGGAGGUAACGCUUGACGACGUCCGGUGGGCAAUCAUUCGUGCUCCCAAGCUUAAGAUCAAGGAGGAGGUGCGUCUGGCUGAUAUUGUGCUAAGCUUGGGCGGCGCUCACACUUCUCAUGCAAUGCACUACCCCUUUCAGAGCGUCUCCGUGAUCCCACAGCGCAGCCGUAUUCGUAUCCAUCUGGGCUCCGCCGAUGAUCGCGAGGAGACAUUUUACCGUCUCAAAGCGCUAAAGCGAGUCCUUCCAAAGGUCGUCAUCAAGGGCAUCCACACAGCUCAGCGCGCGGUCAUCAGCGACGAUCAGGGCGAGCGCAAGCUCCUCGUUGAAGGCUACGGCCUCCGUGACGUGAUGACCACCGAAGGCAUUAUUGGCACCCACACCUCGACCAAUCACGUCAACGAGAUGCAGAUGGUCCUCGGCAUCGAGGCCGCACGCAAGUCCAUCUUUGAAGAGAUCAACUAUACUAUGUCCAGCCACGGCAUGAAUAUCGAUCCUAGACAUGUCAUGCUUCUUGCAGAUGUCAUGACGUACAAGGGCGAGGUGCUAGGUAUCACCCGAUUCGGCGUAGCGAAAAUGAAGGAUAGUGUCCUCAUGCUGGCAAGCUUUGAGAAGACGACUGACCAUCUCUUUGAUGCUGCCCUCUUCGGCAAGACGGACUCGAUCCAGGGUGUUUCGGAGUCGAUCAUCAUGGGCAAUGCAGCGCGCAACCUCGGGACCUCGAUGCCUCAAUUAAUCAGCUCGAAGCCCAAACUUCCACGCCGUCGCGAGCUCAUCUUUGACCCAUGA